GAAAGUUGAACGUGUUGGAAGUGCUGCUGUGUCAGAGGCGCGUGAGAGGCUGAUGGAGGCGGAAACCCUGGAGGAGCGCUACUCCCCGGAGGAGCUGAAGCGUCUGCGGGGGAAGCUGGAGGGGCUCCGGGAGAACCUCGUCUCGGCGGCGGUGAGGGAGGCAGGGCUGCGGAAGAGGCAGGUGACGGUGGGGAGGACCUCUCUGGGCGAGUGCCUGAGGCAGCUGAGGGAGGCCCAGGAGGGCUUCCUCAACCUGUUGGAGAAGAGCCUCAUUCUCAUCGACAGGGUCGAGCUCCUGAGGGAGAGAGAGGCCCAGAGGAAGAAGAAGAAAAGCCCAAGAACAACAAGGCUGGAGGCAGCCAAUCAAGAUGGAGGUGGCGGCAACAACAAGACCGUCCCUCCAGGGCAAAGUGAGGGCCAGACAGGUGGCCCUGAGGAGCAACAACAUCCACAGCACCUGCAUCCACCCCUGGCUCCCAAGGAGACCCUUCCUGAAGAGGAGGGCCGAGAGGGCUCAGGUCUACAAAAGAGUGAGAUGGAGGGGGACCAACAGCCUGACCUCCAAGGAGAGGACCAAGACCCUGGAGAUGACGCAGGUGACCAAGUCAGCGGAGAUGACAGCAAUGGAGAUGGCAGUGAAUGCAGCAAUGAUGGCAAGGAGGCCUCAGAUCCACAAAAGAGUGGGGCUGGAGGAGAGGCACAGGAUUCUGGUGACGAAGAGAGUGAAGAGAACAGUGAAGAUGUUUGUAGCGAUAAAGAUGAGGAUAGUGAGGAUAACAGUGAUGUGGAUGACUAUGAUGAAGACAAAGACAUGGGUGUCUGGUGUGAUGCCCUGUGGGCAGAUGUGGGUGAACUGGAGCAGAAGGUGGGCAUAAUGCAGAAUGUCUCACAGGAGGAGGUGGAUGCCUUGAAUGCAAAGGUGCAUGACUUUUUUGACAACUUAAGGGACAUUAUGUGGGAGGUGGGAGGUGACCUAAAGAAGAAAGUGAUUCACUUGUGGUCUUUCAUGUGGGAAAUCCCAUUGCAGGCAGUAGCUGCCCUACAGGAAACUUUGAACAGUUUCUUGCCAGUGGAAUUGACUGCAUUAAAAAAGGAGUCUGAUUCCCUGAGGGGUUUUCUGCAGGCUAUCCAAAGCCAAGACACAGUGGAGAAGCUGGCUGGCUUAAUCGUGAGUUCACUUGCAGGAUGCCCUGACGGAUUUUCCACUGUUAAAGUUGAGUGUUCCAUAUGAUGUCCCACUGAAGGAUGAUGAUGCCAUAAAGCAGGGACUGGAUACCUGGUACUCUGCACUGCUGCAUGUCCUACUGAAGCAGGGGCAGGAGAAGGUAGAUGCCUUGCAGGAGAAGGUAGAUGCUGUGCAGAAUAUCUCUCUGAAGCAGGUAGCUAUAUUAAAGGUGAAGAUUGGUGCUGUACAGAAGCAGAUGGGUGCCCUUUCAAAAAUCCCUCUGAAGGAGACGAUGAUCCUGAUAGCAGCGGUGCAUGAACUGUCCUGUGCUUUGUCAUUUUCCUUAAAAGAAAUGAUCCCUGUGUGGAACAAGGCACAUGACCAGGUAUUUACCCUGAAGACUCGCAAGGGGGAUGCCUUACAGGAACUGCAUCCUCUGUGGAAGAAACUGGAUGACUUGCAGGAUGCCCUUGGUCGUGUUCCCAUUAAAAAGCUAGAGAUACUUAAAAAGAGAGUGAAGGAGUUGCCUUGAAAGGUGGUCACUUUGCAGAUUAAUCUAUUGGACUCCCUGGAAGAAGAACUGCAACUUCUGAAGGACAAAUUGAAUUUCCUGAGGGAUCCUUCCUUGAAUGUAUUGGAAGAAGAGCUGGAUGAGCUGCAAGAAACACUAGAUGGGAUGCGGCAUGAUCGGGAUUACCCACUGCAGGAGGAGGUUGGUACCCUGCAAAAGAAGAUGGAUGCCCUGCAGAAGAAAAUUGGUGCAUGGCAGAAGACAAAUGCCCCCCUGCAGGAGGUCGAGGAACUGAUGGAAACAGAGAGAAGUAGCUUCUCUGAGACACUGAAAGCUCCAGAGGCAGGGGAUAAACAAAUUAAUGCGGGUGCCAGAAGGAUUACAGACCAGCCAGCUAACAUGGUGGCCAAAAUGGCUGUUCCAUCUUCGUUUGAGACAACAAAGUAAGAUAUACUUUCAGAGUUAAUGAAAUAGUUACAUCUGUCUCCCACUGGAUGCACCAUCGGCGUCUGAAGCUCAAUAUGUCCAAGACCGAGCUUCUUGUUUUCCCACCUAAGCCCACCCUU